AUGAUGGUAAGCCAAGGUUCUUCCUCUUGGGAAUUCACAUACCAACACAGACACACUGGGAAACCAUCUACAGAGACCAAAAUAACUAUGGGUGCAGCAUACAACAUUCUGGGCAAACUCGUUCCUCCACAUUACCUUGCCAUUGGUACCAUUCUAACUGUCGUUGGCGGUGUCCAACUUGCAACUCUCGGCGGUGACAAGGAGAGUGCACCAGCGGCAGCUCCAAAAGCUCCAGCAACAUCCUCUUCCAAAGACGGCGAACUCGAUGUGGAGAAGGCCAUUGCAGACUUCUUAGCAAGCAACGAAAAGGCAUAG